GUAGAGAUGAUUCUAUCACUCAGUCGUAUUUUAAUAAAUAGUGAAAAUUAACGAUCACUCCGAGUCAAGGAAAAUAAAAAUAAAAGAAAUUCAAUUCUUAUUACGUUUCGGCAGCACAGCUGUCCUCUUCAGAACUAUAAUUUAUUAUAAAAACAAAAUAUUAAAAAAAGAUUUUUUACAAUUUUUUACAAUUUUUUGAUUAACAAUAAAAAAUUAAAAAUAAAAUAUUUACCGAAAAAAAGAAAAUUAGAAAAAUUAAAAUUAUAAAUUAAGAUAGGUACAUCUUUGUCGCUACGAUUACAAUAUGACACUAAACAAAUAUACAGACAAGUACGAGUGAACGAUGUACAAUUUUUCAGGGUCAAUGCCCCAUCGAUAAACAAAACUAAGAAAGAGAAAUGUCAAGUAGUGUUUGGAAUUUAACGGUGACUAGUCGAAAUUAAGGAACUGAAUAUGAACGAAUUAGAACUUCUAAUGAAACUCAAUAAGAAUCCUGAACCUAAUGAUGGAGAUUUAGGACAUGGAUCUGCUGAUUCGAAUUCAUCGACUGCAGUUACUGAUCCAGGACUUGAAUCUGAUUAUUUAAACCCUAAUGUGAUUCUAGAUGAUACAUUAGAUAUAUCUGAGUUACCAUUUACAUCAUCAACAUUGUUAGAAAGCAUCGAACAUGAUGAUAAACUAGUAGAAAUCGUUGCUUACAUCGACGAAAUCGAAGAAAUACGUACCUUUGGCGGGGAAAAAAGCAAAGAAGCUAAGCGCAGGUGGCGAAUUUAUGUCCAUAACAAUGAUGGGAAGAGAAUUCAAGUUACAUUUUGGAAUAAAGAAAUAGAGAAAUGGAAUUCACUUAUCCAAUUAGGAUACAAAAUCCACAUCGAUGGAGCAUAUUCUAAAUAUGUAGAGAACUCAAGUUGGAAUUUGGGAAAUCUUCCUUACGAACUUGUAAUUCAAAAUAACACAAUCAUUCAUUGUCAACCAAUGAAUGAUAAUAUUACAACAGAUCCCAUGGUACUAAAAUUCGAAGAACUAUCGAAUGCUUCUGGCUGCAUAACGACUAAAGGUUACAUUAAAACUGCAUUUCAAAAAGUUACCUCAACGAAAGACAAUUACCAAAGUUAUUGGUAUGGUUCCAUUACGGAUGGUACUUACAAAUUGGACGUAAAAGUCUUGGAUUGUGACAAUUUGUUAGCAUACAAAAAAGGAUCUCCUGUGUCCGUAAAAGGAUACUUAAAGAAUUUGAAAGGAAAGUAUAUGAUGCAGGUUAAUUCUAAAAAUAAUAUAAAACAAUUGACAGAAGAUUCUAUGGAUUUGAGGAAGUUAACGGCAGGAUCCCAAAACAUUCACAAAAGAAAAAAUGAAGACAAUACACAUUCUAACACAAAGAAAAGUAGACAGCAAUGAUUCUUCUCAUUAAGUGAGAAUAAAGUUUUUUUAUUGCUGUAUGUGAAUUAAAGGGUCUUGUAACUUCUUUAGCUCUAAAAUCAGAAGAUUUAAAAAAAAUUUGCUCAUGAGUUUUAAAGUAUAAUUGAUCAAAAGAUUUUACAUGUCAUUGUGUAUGUUAAGGUGUCUUAGAAAAAGAAUUUCAGAUUUAAAAAAUAUAGGUACCUUCCUUCUACAGAGGGUGCUUUGUCUAAUAGUAAAAAUUACUUUCAAUUAUGGUUGUCACUGUAGCUCAUCGCAGAAUCAUUAAAAAUUCAUUUGAUUAUUUCAUUUUAGAUAAUUCUGCUAUGUGCCACAAUGACAGCAAGUAAUUUUUACCAGUUGGCAAAGCACCGUCUGAAGAAGAAAGAUACUCACAUUUUUAAAAAUUUGAUUUUCUUUUUUAAGACUUCUUAACAUACACAAUGACAUGUUCAAUUAUAUUUUAAAACUGAUCAGAAAAUUAUUUUUAAAAAACUUCCAAAUUUAAGACUUAAAAAAGUUACAAGACCACUUAAAUUUUUGUUAAAUCGAUUUAUCUUGUUUGGUAAAAUUGGUUCAAAUUAAUUUUGUUAUGUUAUAAUAUUAAGGUGUUUAGUUCCAGG